CCUUGACCAAUGUUUUUCUUUUAAAAUGCUUAUCUUUUUUCUCAAAGCAGCCUCAUAUUUACUCCUAAAACGGGAAUGAGAUGAUAUGUGACAGCCUGUGUACACAUCUUCCAAGGAAUAUGGCCGAGGAAGGUCGUGUGGAGAUAGGGGAGGCAAGUGCAGGCUGCAAGAUGGAGGAAUCAAUGUCCAAUCUAGGGGGUGCUCCUGUUGUCUGUUUAGUUUGUGACCGUGUGAUUAAGGAGCUCCACAGACAGGAUGUGCCCAACGUGUUCCUAGAGAAUAGUGUGACAUCUCAUUCUCAGCAGCAACUGGCAAACAUGCUGUCAGUCAUUUUAAAAAGUCCCCUAGAAUCAUCGCAGGUCUAUUCUAAAACCUUGUGCCGAAGGUGCUUCAGACUCUUAGAUGAACUGGAUGGUAUUGAGCAGCGGUCAGUAGUUCUAAAAACAACCAUUGAAGAGCUCUACAAUCGCUCGCUUCUGAGGCGCAUGAAAGGGCCUCGUGUGAAUGAAGAAGAGACCAUUGGUGCUAUGGACUUAGGUUUACCUGAAGACGACGAGGAAGAUGAUGGCUCUAAAAUCUCAGUUAAAGUGGAGCCCCUGGAUGAUGAUGAGGACUUUCUGGCUGAUGAGCUGCGACCAGAGGACCAGGGCAUCCGGCCUGAUGAUCCGGAGUUCAAUCCUGCACAUGACAAUAUGUGGCGGAGCAAGUCACGCAGUAAGGGCAGGGGCAGGUUUUCCUUUAGUGAGGAUGCUGACAACCCACAGCCUUCACCUGUAGCUGCUAUGGUUAACCAGUGCUCCUCAAGUAAGGACCCAGGUGACUUGGCUGAGGCAGCAGUAACCUUAGCAUGGUAUGACCUCUCAUCAAAUAACAGUACUGACGAGGAGUACCUGGCAAGGGGGGGCCAACUUGAAAGCUGCUCUGACAGUGCCUCUGAUGAUUUAGACUGUGUUUCUCAGGACACUAUGUUCAGUUCAGAUGAGCCACUGUCAGAGUUUGCAGGGAAACAAAAUGAUCCUGGGACCCAGAAGUUUGUGUGGCAAAAGUUGGAAAAUAUCCCAAGGCAGUUUGGAUUCUCCAGGCAUCCUGGGGUCAAUAUUCCUGACAUGGACAAGGAAUCCAGCCCCUUGACUAUCUUCUCUAACUUCAUUACUGAUGAACUUCUGGAAUUACUCGUCCAGGAAUCUAACCGGUAUUACUACCAGCAAUCUGCAACCUACUCAGCAUACAAGAAAGCAUGGUUUGACAUUUCAGUUUCUGAGCUGAAGGCCUAUCUGAGUCUUUGGCUCUUGAUGUGUAUUGUGCCAAGGCCAGAGUUGAAAUGGUAUUGGUCAACAGACCCCGGGCAUGUCAUGCCCGUGUUCUCUAAGACAAUGACAAUAGAUAGAUUUGAGGCUAUCACGUGGUGUCUCCAUGCAACUAACAACAGUGGCAAGCAUGCUUCUGGUGAUCAGCUGUGGAAAUUGCGCCCGGUGAUUGACCUGCUCUCUCAUCAGUUUUUGGCUGUUUAUUCUCCUCCUAGGAGGAUUACAGUUGAUGAGAGUCUCUGGAGAUUCCACAGUCAAGCACACUUUAGGGUCAAGGUUUACAAGUUGGUGGUGGCCCAUGGCCCAGCUGAGGGCUAUGUAUGUGCUUUUGGAAUAUACAUGGGUCAGGACAAAGGUGACCUUCCAGGAUCAACUAAGGCUGUUGUUAACUUGAUGGAAGCUGCUGAGCUGUUUGGAAAAGGCCAUAUUCUUUUUACUGACAACAGGUAUAGCUCUCCUGUCCUAUUCCAUUGCUUACAGAGUCAGUGUACAGGGGCUGUUGGUAUGGUGCAACCAAACUGCAAGUACAUGCCAAAGGACCUGCUGGUAAAGGUCCGUGGAGAUGUGGACUACAGGAGUACGACAACAGGAAUGUUGGUUCUUAAGUGGGCUAACAAGAAGCCUGUAACCAUGCUCUCCACAGUUCACACCAGUGAAAUGGUUACAGUCUUGAGUGAGAGUGGGCAUGAAUGCACCAAGCCCAAGGUAGUAGUGGACUACAACUCUGGCAUGAAGGGGUCAGAUUUGAGUAACCAUCUUUCUCAACCCUAUCCAGCCUUUUUUAAGUCCAUCAGCUGGUACAAGAAGGUGCUCUUCUAUCUUUUUGACUUGGUAGUAGUCAAUGCCUUCCAGAUGCACAAAGCACUUGGAGGGCACAUGGCUCAGCUGGAAUUCCGGGAAGAACUAGCUUGUGAGCUCCGACUGGAAUACUGCCGCAAGUCUACAGCAUACCAGAGCUAUUCCUCCCUCACUUUUGGGAGCCGUCUUCAAGGGGCAACAAAACACACCCAAAAACGAACUCCAGGGAAUAAGUAUCGCCGAUGUCGUAUAUGUUACUCACAUGGUAUAAGAAAAGAGACAAGGACAAUGUGCUCAUUAUGUUUGGUUCCACUGUGCCAGUAUGAGUGCUUUGACCUUUACCACAGUAAGAAGAAGAGUACAUGACCAUGAUGUUAUUAAGAGUACCUUAUUGUAAAUGCUGUUAGAAAUUUAUAUACUCUCAGAUAAAUAAAGUGUGAAUUUAAUUUUUUUUUAUCUUUCUAUACUAGUAAUAGCACUUAUCAUGUUUCACAUAAACAAAAAAUUAUAUAAUCAGCUAAUAUAAAAUCUGGUAAAUGCUUAUAUUUGUACAGUUGACUGCACAUGUAUGUUCAUAUAAUUUUUUUUUCUUCUCGUUAGGUACUAACUGCAUAAUCAGUUUGAAUUGAAUUUUGGUAACUACAUAUAGUUUAUUUUGAUUUUGGUCACACAACAGAUAUCUAACAGAGACAAAAGAAUAUUUCACAAAAACCAAAAGCUAUAAAGGAGAAAAUGAUCUCAAUACAAUAGGUAAUCAGCCAUGUUAUACCACUGGUUAAACCUGAAACUGGUUCUGUAGUCCCGCAGGACCUGAAGCUUACAUGAAGAUAAUAAGUUAAGGAACAAUGUAUUUUAAAGGGUAUGGAAGGAUGUGAUAAUAAUAAUGAUAAUAGAAAUUGUUAUUAUUAUUAUUAUUUAUUUAUUGAUGCUAUUGUCAUUUAUUAUUAUUUUUAUUCU